UGUUCCACGUCGCCGCUCCUUCAGCCCCAAUGGUAGGAGGCUGCGUCUGCGAGCAAGGCCGGGGAAAAAUGGCGGCGCCCGUCUUGAGAGUGUCCACCCCUCGAUGGGAGAGAAUAGUCAGGCUCCUUGUUUGUCUAUUAGGAAUACUGCUAUCCUUAUAUGCGUUUCACGUGGAAAGGGAAAAAUCCAGGGAUGGGAAUUACCAGGCCAUGUGCGACUUGAGCAACUCUAUAAGCUGUUCCAAAGUCUUCACCUCCAGAUGGGGUCGAGGAUUCGGAUUGUUGGGAUCCAUCUUUGGUAACGACAGUGCAAUAAACCAGCCAAACAGUGUCUACGGACUUUUCUUUUAUGUCUUUCAGCUGUUAUUGGGUAUGACAGUGAGUGCAAUGGCCGCCCUGAUCCUCAUGACGACAUCGAUCGUCUCGGUGAUGGGCUCACUUUACCUGGCCUACAUCCUCUACUUCGUCUUGAAGGACUUCUGCGUCAUCUGCAUCAGCACAUAUGCACUGAACUUCAUUCUCCUCGUCCUCAACUACAAGCGACUGGUGUACUUGAAUGAGGCCUGGAAGCAGCAGCUCCCAGCAAAGCAGGACUGAAAAAGAAGAAGAAGAAAAAAUAAGGGUGAAAUGAAACAAACGAGACAAGAAAUGUGACCUCCAAACGUUUGACUUGCCACCGGGAGACUUUGCUUCCAAACAAAUGUUUAUUCUGCCCUCUACGUCGAAAUCAAAUUGUGGAAGAAAGAAAACAACUUGACAAUUUAAAAUCCUAAGGGCCACAGUUCACACGUUCAUUCGCAUAUAUAGGAAGGAAGGAUUGUAAACGGGGGGUGGGGGGGGAGGAACACACGCACAUUCGCUUUUGCUUUUUCUUCAUUGGUGUCCCGUGUUUCCCCUGAAAAGAAUGAGCCCAGACUGGGCCAACGGAUAAGAGAAUCCAAAGGAAGACCACGGAAGCAAACGUGCUGCCGAAAAGACAACAGCUGCACCGCGAAGGGAAGAGAGAAAAGGCGGGAACAGGAGGCAUAGCGGAGGCGUCCGACUUUAAAAUGGUGCUUACUUGAAUUGGGCUGGAAAGUCUUGUUCUUGUCGACCUGAGCUGUACACUGAACUUGAUUAUAGGCUUUCGUAAGAAUAAAAGAGCAUGGUCACGAGGUUUAUGUACACUUACAGAAAUGAUUCCAUUAAAAGACAUGAAAAGGGGUAAACACCAUUAAGACAAAAAAUAAAUUGUUAUUUUUUAUGUUUACAGUAUGUUUUUUUUUGUUGUUGUUGUUGUUUGUUUUCUCUUUGAAGAGGACCACUAAUUUUAAAAUCUGGGUGAAUGUGAGAUGUUUGCGUGUAGAUCAGUUUUAUUAGAUCACCCACAGACUUUUUUUUUUUUUUUUUUUUUGGUUUAGUUUUGUUGUACAGUUGUGGAGAUGGCAGCUGUGUGUAAUGUUACCGGGCUAGUUUGUGUCCAGACAGUCCUGAAGGAAACAAAAAAACACUGUUCUCAAGUUAGGACUAAGUGUAGCACCACCACCUCAUACAUGUAAGAACAAAAAGAGGUGGCAUUGUUGUUAUUAUUAUUAUUAUUAUUAUUAUUAUUAUUACUGGGUUUUUUUUCCCAGUUGAGAGAAGCAUCUUUUCAUCUCAGAGCUGUGCUGUACAUCUGCAGCAAGCACUCACCUUCCAGUUUUGGCUGCUGUUGGUGGUUUUGUGGGCACCAAGUACAGCUACUCCAACGUUAUCAUGAUAAUUUAUUUAACUUCUGAGUACCUCAGAAUCUUGGGUCAGGUUCAGCGUUUUAUUUGGGAAAUUGUCCCUUGACUGUGUUCACGGUAACGUGUCCCUGCAUCCUGCUAAGACGCCUUGUCAGACAAACACCUUUUCUGUUCUCUUUUUGUAAAUACGCUUGUAUGUGAACAUUCCCGAUCAGACAGUAACAUUCACUAGAGAAUAAUGUGCCUAAAAUAUGGAUUACAUUGUUUGUGAGGUUUUUUUUUUUGUCCUAUACUCAAAGUGUGCUGUGCUUAAAGUAUUUUCUCUCUUCCUGUUUCUUGAACAUUUACUGUGAUUUUCCAACCCGUUGCUUUUUCCCACUGAGUGUUCAGAAUAGUCAGCACUCAGUCAGCACCUGCCUUUUUGAGCCUGCUCCCAGCAGACUUGCGGGAGGCUCUUGUAUGACGACCCAUGUGCUUAAAAAAGCAGUCCCAGAUCCCCGUGAUCGUGUAGGAGAUGGGCAUAUAAUUUAUUGUCUUUAAAACCACCCUCUUCACAUUUUACUAAUAGUGAUCCAUCACUUUAUUACAGUCCAUUAUACCCAGGCACUCAGUUCAAUGGGUUCUGUCUUGGAUGUGAAACUACAUCACCCAGCAUUCUCUUCUGCACUAAGCCACUGCCUCUCAGUAUUACCCCUCAGUAGGUCUCGCAAUACAAAGCCCUUAGGAUUGCCUUUUGUGGAGCGCAGAAAGGCAGAGCCACACCGUUGCUGGCUGACCCUUCUUUCUGAUUUGGGAACACAGUGUGUCUCUUCUGUUAGCGAUGUGAGCAAACCAUGUUUGGGAGCAAAGUACAGCCUGUGGUUUAGAUUUUGUCUGUGUGUAUGGUCUUGGUAGUGCUGUUUAAAUGAAUGCUUGUUAAAGCUUUUUUUUCCCUACAUCUGCUCUGUGAUGUCCAUGUUACUGAUCAUGCUAUUUCUUCUCUCCCUUUUCAUUCAGUCAGAACAAAUCUAUAAUAGUCCUGCAGUCAGACAAAAAAGUACUUCAUAAAGGGGAGAAGUUUCAUUCUGACAAAGUGUAAGGAAGGCCUAGCCUCAACACACACACGCACACACAGGCCAGAUUUCCGUCAGUGAAAGUUUCAGUCCUUUGGAGGAUUUAUAAGUAGUUAUGUGUGUAUUGUUGGCAUGGUCAUAGCUUAGGUCAACAGAUAAAGCAGAGCCCUGGCCUAUCACAAACCAUUUGUUUAGAAAUGGAUAUGAAACCAAGCCAGUUUCUAAUGCAUAUCAUAUAUAGCCUUGGGCUAUGGAGCGGGCUUGAGUUUACCUCAAUCACAAUGGCUCGAGUGUUGGAGAUCUUUUGGGAUAGUAAGUGUAACGUGUUGCCCUUGCUAACGUAGAAUAUCUAGUUCCACUGAUAAGGUUUUUUGAGAAAAAGGAUUCUUGAUGGCCUUGUCUUGUGUUUGUGCUGAUCUUGGUGGUCUUGGUAUGUGAGAAUUUUUACAUCCUUGAAACAUGUGCGCACACCCAAACAAAAACAUUGUUAAUCCAAGCAAGUCAUAUAAAGACCUAGAAGCAUCUUUAAAUUGUCCACAAAUCAGUUGUGUAAGUGCAGCUGAGUGUAAUUAGAGCCAUCUACUUGCAUCGUGUAUAAGCCUUGUGUGUUUUCCCCCCAGAGUUGUAUGGUCUUCUGAGUUCGUGCUAGUCAAACAUGUAUGACAUUCUCAGUCAUGCCGUUUAUAUCGUUCAAACAUUAGUAGGGGAUCUGCAUUCCUAAUGCAUAGUUCUGUCCAGUUCUGAUGACAUUAAAGAAAGUCAUAUGGAAUGCCCCAAAAAUAAGGUCAGAGGGGGAAAGGCUGUAUCCCAAUCAUACGCCACUAAAAGUGCCUUCUGUUUGUCCACUGGGCCUUCAGUAGAUUAGACUCAACUGUACAGGCUUGACUUAUCCAAAGACAGGUUACAAUAAUUUGCAUGUUAUGCCUGCCUUCCUGAGGGCCAAUUAAGAAAGAGACUGGUGAUCCUUUGACAUUACAUUACAUGUAACAUUACAUCCUUUUUUGGAUGCUGAGAGUUAGCAUUCACCCCACCAUUUAAAACCAUACACAGUGCACUGUACCCAUCCCUAUCUCAAGAGGAAAAAACCCCAACCCCCCCCCCCC